UGGUUGAGUUCUUGAAUCUAUGGUUUUGUGGUGAUUAAUGACUUGAUAAAUUUUGUGCUUUGGUAUAUAUAUUUAGGGCAUCCACUGAUUAAUAAGCACAACUCUUGUGUUUCUCAAAUGCCAUGGCUUCGGGUAGAUCAAGAUCUGUAAGAUUUCAUGAUGAUCUUGAAACUUCAAACUCCACACCACCCAAAAAUAUUCUUCGGAGCCUGAAGAGGACUAAGAAAGAUGCAACAAGCAAGUCAUUUGGUAGAAGAGAACUCUCCAGAGUCUUCUCUGAGGAUUACGAUGUGGUGGAGAAGAUAGUAUUGGAUCCUCGGGGAACUGUUCUGAACAGAUGGAACAAAAUACUCUUAUUGGCAUGUUUGGUUUCACUUUUUGUGGACCCCCUGUUCUUUUACUUACCAGUGGCUAAUGAAGAGGCAUGCAUUGAUAUUAGUUUAUCCCUUGAAGUAGCCCUCACAGUCAUUCGGUCACUGGUUGAUGCAUUUUACAUUGUUCAGAUUUUUGUUCGGUUUCGAACUGCUUAUGUUGCUCCUUCCUCUCGAGUAUUUGGUAGGGGAGAACUUGUUAUUGACCCUUCAAAGAUAUCCUCACGAUACCUUCAUAAAGACUUUUGGCUUGACCUUAUUGCUGCUCUACCCCUUCCACAGAUGUUGAUUUGGGCUGCAAUCCCAAGUAUAAGAGAUUCGGAAAUGACCCCUUCAAGUAUUGUUCUUCGCUUCCUUAUCUUCUUUCAGUACCUUCUGAGGCUAUAUCUUAUCUUUCCCCUCUCAUAUCAAAUUGUCAAGACCAAUGGGCUUGUGAUGGAAACAGCAUGGGCUGGAGCAGUGUAUAAUCUGAUGCUGUAUAUGUUGGCAAGUCACGUUUUAGGAUCCUGUUGGUACCUCUUAUCCCUUCAACGGCAAGAAGAAUGUUGGAAGAAAGUUUGUAGUCUUCAACAAGAAGGUUGCCAAGAUUGGUUUUUCUACUGUCAUAUGGUAAAUGACACUAGUAGAGCUGCUUGGUUCAAAGCGAGCAAUAUCUCUAGAAUGUGUGGUGCAAAUAGUGACUUCUUUCAGUUUGGCAUUUAUCGUGAUGCCUUGACUUUCGGAGUUACAGCCUCGAGUUUCUUCAACAAGUACUACUACUGUCUUUGGUGGGGGCUUAGAAAUCUAAGCUCUUUGGGGCAGAAUCUCUUCACCAGCACUUAUAUUGGAGAAAUUAAUUUUGCUGUUAUCAUUGCAAUUCUUGGAUUGGUGCUUUUUGCUUUGCUUAUAGGUAACAUGCAGAUGUACCUCCAAUCCACUACUGUGAGAUUGGAAGAGUGGAGGAUUAGGAGGACAGAUACCGAAGAAUGGAUGCGUCACAGGCAGCUACCACGUGAUUUGAAGCAAAAUGUGCGAAGGUAUGAUCAAUACAGAUGGGUUACAACUCGGGGAGUUGACGAGGAAGAUAUUCUGAAGGGUCUUCCAAUGGAUCUCAGGCGAGAUAUCAAACGCCACCUCUGUCUUGAUCUAGUCCGACAAGUACCAAUCUUUGAUCAGAUGGAUGAUAGGAUGUUAGAUGCCAUAUGUGAAAGGCUGAAACCCUCCCUAUGCACUCCUGGCACUUGCCUAGUUCGAGAGGGUGAUCCUGUAGUUGAGAUGCUUUUCAUUGUCCGAGGUUACUUAAAUUCUUACACCACUAAUGGUGGUCGCACUGGGUUCUUUAACUCAUGCUGCAUUGGCCCGGGCGACUUUUGUGGUGAGGAAUUACUAACAUGGGCCCUAGACCCUCGUCCAAAUGUUGUGCUUCCAUCAUCUACACGCACAGUGGAAGCCAUCACUGAAGUUGAAGCUUUUGCUCUCAUUGCUGAGGACUUGAAGUUUGUAGCAGCCCAAUUCCGAAGGCUACACAGUAAGCAACUCAGGCACACAUUUAGGUUUCAUUCUCACCAAUGGAGAACAUGGGCUGCCUGCUUCAUACAGGCAGCUUGGUUUCGAUAUAAAAGACAGAAAGAAGCAGCUGAGCUCAAGAAGAGGGAGAGUCUAGUUGCCUCUGUGCCCGAAUCUGCACUACAAGUGAGUGCACCCUUGCCCCCAUACAGCUCAGGCUGUUGCAAAUAUGCGGCAAGCACUAGAAGAGGUGGAAGUACGCGGUAUGCAUCAGAGUUUGACAUCCUAAACUCGCUACAGAAACCGGUUGAACCUGAUUUUACUGUUGAAGAUAGGUGAAGAAAAAUCCUGGAUUUCGUUGUAGAUACGUAUCCAUUUAUUCUUGUACAAUACCUAAGAGCUCAGCAGGUUAGGACACUAAAUUCAGAGUUAAUUAUUCAAGAAUAAACUCUUCUUCGUUCAAUAUUACGUCAUUCACAGUCACACCUGCUUUGGAGUAUGUUUUAGGUAGCUGCUAUUAAAGUGGUAACAGUAAAUGUGCUUAGAGAUGAUAAGAAUUGGGAUGAAGUGUAGUAUCAUCUAUUUCGUUGUAAAAUGUUCGCUUUUGACCUUAAUAAAGAAUAAUGAUACACUUACUAUUUUUUUA